GGAGACUUUGAUGGCGUCGAAGGCUCGGAGCUGGAGAGGGACGCAGUAGAGAUGGCCUCGGCUCGGAUAUUAUGACUAAUGCCUAUUUGAUCGACGUUUAUUUGCUGCUCACUAACUGCACGGGUUUCGGGUGAACAUUUGACUUAUCAUCGGUCCUUCAGCUGAUUUCCAUGUCUUACUUGUAAGAGUUGGCAAACAGGAUCAUCAGGACCGCCCGUUGUCCGUUCCCGAUUGUCUGACUGGUCCCGGCCGGAGUUCCUCGUUGGUUGACCCACACUCCUUCACAGGCGCCAUGGAGGAGGAGGGCCAGCAGAGCUUGGAGUGCAUCCAGGCCAAUCAGAUCUUCCCCAAGAAGUCCCCCGUUCUGGAGGAGGAGAACAUGCAGGUGCCCUAUCCUGAGCUGCAUGGGGAGUUCACGGAGUACGUGGGGAGAGCGGAGGACGCCAUCAUCGCCAUGUCCAACUACCGCCUGCACAUCAAGUUCAAAGAGUCCGUCGUCAACGUUCCUCUUCAGCUCAUUGAGCAUGUGGAGUGUCGGGAUAUGUUCCAGCUCCACGUCACCUGUAAGGACUGUAAAGUCGUCAGGUGUCAGUUCUCCACCUUCGAGCAGUGUCAGGAGUGGCUGAAGCGCCUGAACGUGGUGGUGCGCCCCCCCCCUCGCCUGGAGGACCUCUUCUCCUUCGCCUUCCACGCCUGGUGCAUGGAGGUGUACGCCGGGGAGAAGGAGCAGCACGGGGAGCUCUGCAGACCAGGCGAACACGUCACCUCCUGGUUCAAGAACGAGGUGGAGAGGAUGGGCUUCGACACUCAGAACGCCUGGAGGAUCACGGACAUCAACAGCAAGUUCAGGCUCUGCCCCAGCUACCCUCAGCAGCUCCUGGUUCCGGCCUGGAUCACAGACAAGGAGCUGGAAAACGUGGCGGCUUUCCGCUCCUGGAAGAGGUUUCCCGCUGUGGUUUAUAGGCACCAGACCACGGGGGCAGUGAUCGCCCGCUGCGGUCAGCCGGAGGUGAGCUGGUGGGGCUGGAGGAACGCUGACGACGAGCACCUGGUGCAGUCCAUCGCUAAAGCCUGCGCUGUGGUAGGAUCCUCCAGGAAACACAUCACCAACGGGGGCUACACCAACGGCACCGACCUGCCCGACACUGACUUUGAGUCCUCCAUGACCCACAGCACGGAGGUGGAGACGCUGGCCUCGCAGCCUCACAAGUUGCUGAUCCUGGACGCUCGCUCGUACGCUGCUGCUGUAGCUAACCGAGCCAAGGGCGGGGGCUGCGAAUGCCCAGAGUACUAUCCCAACUGUGAGGUGGUGUUUAUGGGUAUGGCCAACAUCCACUCCAUCCGCAAGAGUUUCCAGUCCCUGCGUUUCCUCUGCACUCAGAUGCCAGAUCCAGCCAACUGGCUGUCUGCUCUGGAGAGCACCAAGUGGCUGCAGCACCUGUCUCUGCUGCUGAAGGCGGCGCUGCUGGUGGUGAACGCUGUGGACCGGGACCACCGGCCCGUCCUGGUGCAUUGCUCCGACGGCUGGGACCGGACGCCUCAGAUCGCCGCUCUGUCCAAGCUGCUGCUGGACCCGUACUACCGCACCAUAGAGGGCUUCCAGGUCCUGGUGGAGACGGACUGGCUGGACUUCGGCCAUAAGUUUGCAGACCGCUGCGGCCACGGAGAGAACUCUGAGGACGUGAACGAGCGCUGCCCCGUCUUCUUGCAGUGGCUGGACUGCGUGCACCAGCUGCAGAGGCAGUUCCCGUGCUCCUUCGAGUUCAACGAGGCCUUCCUGGUGAAGCUGGUGCAGCACACCUACUCCGCUCUGUACGGCACCUUCCUGUGUAACAGUGGGAAGGAGCGUGAGGACCGGCACGUUCAGGAGAGGACCUGCAGCGUGUGGUCGCUGCUGAGGCCGGCCAACCGAUCGCUGAGGAACAUGCUGUACUCCUCCCACUCCGAGAUCGUUCUGCACCCCGUGUGUCACGUCCGUAACCUGAUGCUAUGGACCGCGGUCUACCUGCCCAGCUCCUCCCCCACCACCCCCUCCGAUGAGUCCUGCGCCCCCUACCCUGUGCCGGGAGGAAACCCAGAGGACGCACCGCUGGGCAGACGUCCGAAGACUCGCUCCUUCGACAACCUGCCGAGCGCCUGUGAGCUGAGCGGCGCUGUGCCUCCGAACCGCCGCUCCAGCGACCCGAGCCUCAACGAGAAGUGGCAGGACCACCGGCGCUCGCUGGAGAUCAACAUGGCCGUGGGGCCAGAGGGGGGGCCUGAGCAGGAGGUGCUUCCCAACGGCGUGGGGCCCCACCCGGAGGGAGGGGACUCCGAGCUGGAGGACAGCCCUCAACCCAGGGGCCCGCACGCUGAGCUGGGACAGGAAGAGGAGGCUGCAGAGGAGGCCAAGGAGGCGGAGCUUUCUGUGGCGGUGGGCGUCGCCGAGGGCCAGAUGGAGAACAUCCUGCAGGAGGCGACGAAGGAGGAAGCGGGAGCAGAGGUCCAGAAGGAGGGAGGUGCUACUAAUGUCAGUAACACGGGUGACGAGGAAGAGGAGGAGGAGGAGGAGGAGGAAGGGGAUCAGGGAUCGAAGGUAAACGGUGUUGAGGAGAAGGAAGUGGUGAUUAACGGUCACCAUCAAGAGAACGGAGUAACGGAGGUCGAGGAGGAGGAGGAGGAGGAGGAGGAUGUGGAGGAGUCUCCGCCCGUACAGGAGAAAGAGGAGGGGGAGCAGCAGCAUGCAGCGGAGGAGGCGACUCCAGCAAAGGAGCAGGAAGCAGAAAUCUCAUCUGUUCAGGAGGAGGUGGUAAAUGGAGCGAGGGAGUCGGUCUCAGUGGAGGCGGAGCUUCCUGUAGCUCUCAGGACUUUAACCAAUGGCUUCACCUCCGAGGAGCCGGAGGAGGAGCCCCGGGCCCCAGGGGGGCCGCUGGGCAAGAGAGCCUCCCUGAUGGAGAGCUCCACAGAGACUCUGACUGAGGAGGUCUGCAGCCGGCUGGAGCACCCCCCCUCCGUGUGUCCCAGCCGCCAGCCCUGCCCCCAGGAGAAGGGUCUGGAGGCGGGGGAGCAGUUCAUGAGGACUCUAAACGGGAAGCGGCCCUCGGUGUGUGCCUUUCAGGAGAGGGAGGGGCUCUAUAACGGCGACGUGUCCGACCCCGAGCUGUGCGCCGGACACCACGGGGUCAAAGGUAACGGAGAGAGGGCCCCGCUCAGUCGGCAGGUGUCCAUGGCCAGCUGCAGCUCGCUGCCGCCCCGCUGCUCGCUGCACCGCUGGUGUCACCACCACGCGCCGCCGAGCCGCGCCGCCGCCAGCCCCGAGCAGCCGGCCCGCAGCCACCUGGACGACGACGGGCUGACGCUGCACAGCGACGCCGUGCAGAUGCGGCUGCGACAGAUCGAGGCGGGGCACCAGCUGGAGGUGGAGAAGCUGAAGAAGCAGGUGCAGGAGCUGUGGAGCCGCCUGGAGAACCAGCAGCUGCACAACGCACAGCGGCUCAACGGGGACCUGGGGGACGAAGUGACCUCCAUGACGGACUCCGAGUUCAACCUGGACCCGAACUGUUUGUCUCGCUGCAGCACGGAGCUGUUCUCCGAGGCCAGCUGGGAGCAGGUGGACAAGACGGACACCGAGGUGACACGCUGGUACCCCGAUCACCUGGCGGCGCAGUGUUACGGCUGUGAGAGCAGAUUCUGGCUCGCCACCAGGAAGCAUCACUGCAGUGGCAGGGAGCCUGUCCAGGAGGUCUGGAACUGCGGUAACGUGUUCUGCGCCAGCUGCUGCGAGCAGAAGAUCCCAGUGCCAAGCCAGCAGCUGUUCGAGCCCAGCCGCGUCUGCAACAGUUGCUACGGCAACCUGAAGCUCAGCCCCGCCCCCCUGGAGCUGGAGAAGCCCCCCCUCACCGCCAACUCCACCUGAGGGGGGGUGGGUGGGGGGGGCACGAUGCAUCUGCUGCAGGGAGAUACACCGAAUGUCCCGUAGACUCUUGAGUGUGUGUGUGUGUGUGUGUGUGUGUGUGUGUGUGUGUGUGUGUGCUGCCGGUGUAUAUACAGAGAGAAGGUGCACAGGGGUGUGUGUGUGUGUGUGUGUGUGUGUGUGUGGGUGUGUGUGUGGGUCUGCAGCAACCCCCCACACCCACCCCCCCCGAGUCUGCAGGAGUGAGGAUGGGCGUCCCGGAGCCUCGGAGCGGCCGGGCGCUGGAGCCUCUGCGCUUCAUCGGUCCCCGUCACGCUCCUCUCAGCCCGGACGGUGUGAGCCGAAAGAAUCAGGACUUUAAAACGCCUGGAGGGGUGUCGCCGUAAACACUGCUGUCAGACCAGAUGUUGUCCCACAAACUGCUGCCUUAUUGUUGUGUUUAUAAGUCCAUCUCAGGCCGCUGAUGUGGUGCUGCUGCUAGAGGAAACUAAUGCGUGCACAACCUAAAACAUAAAGUCCAGACUCUGGAAUUGGAUCAGAAAUAUUCAAAUAAAGGGUAUUUAAUAAUAUUUUAGUGAAUAAAUCAGACUGAAACAGUAAGAGUAUAUUAUUGUUAUCUGUUCGUAAUAUUCAGAUAUUGAAAUAACCUUCAUAUUCCCAAAAAGUACAAAUCUUUAUUAAUUCUUGAGAUUUUUGAUUUAUUUUUAUUGAAAUUUCAUUCAAAACCAAAAUCAAUUAUAGACUUAAUUAAAUAAACAAAUGAUGUAAAUAUUAAUCAUAUUCAGACGUUUAAAUGAAGAACAUAUUCAAAAUACCCUGAAUUAAUCAGACUUUAACUGACUGAUGACAUUUAAAUGAUUUGAAAUAUUCAGACAGAGGAACAGGAAAUAAAUGCUCAGAUUUAAUAAAACCAAAAAGGAAAUUAUGAACUGUUAUUAAGAAUAGGAAACCAAAGAACUCAAUCAAAUGUGGUCCUAGGAACAAACCUGCAUCCUGUGGGCUGAAAUGGUUAUGUAAACACAAUGAUAUAGAGGUUGAUGUACAUCCUAUAAUAAGUGGAAACGGUAGUUAUGGUGACAGCCUGAUGAGCUCUUAAAGGGCCAGUACGCUCAAACUCCCAAACCCCCGUUUCCUCUCCAACCGUGCUUCUUAAUGUGUUUUAUUUUCCCCGUUUGAGAGAAGUUCAAAAGGGCUGACACUUUCCGUUAUAAACAAGUCCAUUAAGUGGCAGAAGAUAGUGACCUUUAGUCUGAAUAAUAAGCUGAAUGAAUUAGAUUCAAGAUUCAACUUUAUUGUCAUUGCACAGAGUACAAGUACUAGGACAACGAAAUGCGGUCUCUGCAUUUGACCCAUCCUAGUGUUAGGAGCAGUGGGCUGCCAUUAUGUACAGCGCCCGGGGAGCAGUGUAGGUAACCAGUGUCUGACACCACGGUGGCACUUGGUCUUUCGGGGACUUGAACUGGUGACCUUCCAGUUUCCAGGUCAAGCCCCUAACCACUUUGCCACCGCCCACCGCAUAGCACUGCCUCGUUACCAACCCCUCGUUACUCAUUUUGGGUGAGCUGGCCCUUUAAAUGCUCCGGACAGGAAGCUGUUUUCUAUGGUAGCGCUUUCUAUGACGACCAUGUCUAUAAUGCAUUAUAAACACACUCCGAUGAUCAUGUUUCACAACGGCAAUAACACCAGGUUGUAACUCCUUGUAUCAUCUGAAAAUAAGGAGCCAGUUCCCUCUUUAACAAAUAUGGGAAAUAUAAUUCAGGAAAUCCUUUCAAACCUGACCUUCUGAAACAAUAUGAAACACUUUUGAUCUGAGAGUAAUUGUUAUGAAGCAGUUAGAGCAUUAAAGAGUGCUUACUUAUGGCUGUAAAGUCAUAUGAAUGCCCCGUUUAUUUACUAAAUUACUGGCUUUGUUUAUUUAUUAGUGAAAAUCCAAGGUGAUGUUUUAAAUGUCGGUGAAAAACCAAAAUCAUUUCAUUUUUUCAAAGGAAAUGAUCAAUUAUUUAGACCAAUUUCCUGACAUUUGUGCAGAAAUAGUGACUUUAAUAAUGAAUAACAGAGGUGGGGGUUUGUCUAAGACAGAGAGCCGUAAGCAGUGUGUUUAUAAUAUCAGACAUGUGUUUCAUAGGAAGCGUUACCCAGAGUGAAUAUGUACUCCUUCCACGAGGCUCAGUUAUUGUUUUUAUUCAUCAGUGAUGUUUGGAACAGCUGAUUGACUGUGUCUGACAGUGUGUUAUCAUCACACACACACACACACACACAUCCUCCCACUUUUAUUACCCAGCAGGCACUGGGCGUCUCCCUCGACUCUUCAGCCUCUCACGGGAAACACAAGUGUUGAUAAUCCAAAAUCUAUUCUAAAAGCUGUGUUUUUGUGAUUUAAUUAUGACAUCACUUGUGUCCUCCGCUCUGAUUGGCCGAGGUGUGGAGGAGCGUAAGGCAGAAAGGGCUCUCGGCGUUUUAAGAAGCGGAGACUCGCACCAUCCAAUGACCUCCUCUCGCACACACACACACACACACACACACACACUGUUUUUUGUAAGAUAAGUGAAUAAAAUAAUAUAUUCAGAUAUAGCGUUUAAGACAAAUGUAUAGAAUCCUUGAAUUAGUGGCUCUCUUAAUUAGUCACCAAAAGAUCAUUUUUUAUUUCUUUGUUUUUCUCAUGUUGUUUAAUGCAGAAGAAAUAUAUUUUGUUGAAGAUGACAGCUGUGGGUUUUUUAAAUAGAGAAGCAGGACGUCCUGUGUGAUGCUGCGGUGGUUUAAUUUAUGUAGGUUUUGAAUUGCUGUUUUAAAAAAGAAACCCCAGACAAUUGAAUUGCCACCGGAUAAUCAGUGUUGAUGCUUCUGAUCCGCGGGCCGCUCUGUUCCACCUGUUUUGUAUCAGCCAAUCAUGAGAGGAUGUGUAGGUGUACAGGGGAUAGCAUUUAGCAUCAUUAGCAUAUUGGAAUCAGAGUGUUUCAAGGUGUUAUUGGUCAUAUGCUCUGCACAUACAGCGUAUAUGUUGGCAAUGAAAAUCUUAUGUCCCAUGCUCCUCCGACAACUCAACAUACAUGGUGCAGAUAAGAUAAAUAAAAUAGUGCAAAAAGAGAGAAGAGUGUGUGCAGCCGCUGAGACGUCUAUGCACAGAGAAGAGGGGUCCAGAAAAUACCCCCCCCCUCACUCACACACCAUUACACCCAUCUACACACACUACCUCUACUUUGUUCACACACACACACACCACCCACAACAGCCUUUGUUAUAUUUCCCUUUAGAGAAUUAAAGGUACCGUACACAUUUUAAUGGUCCUCUUGUUUCUGUUGGACGAUCGGAGGAAUAUGCAUCACUUUAACUCCGAGGUGUCGUUCUCUCGCCCUCCUGUGUUCGUGGUGUUUGGUUCAGCAGCUACACCUUUAAUCUCUCUCUCAUUCAUUUCUGUUCAUUCAGUUUGACCCAAACACCUAAAAACAGUGGCUUUAACCCUUGGAUUUAUUUGUAGAUUAUGCUGCUGCCUCUGAUUUUAGAUCUGAAGUAUAUUAUGCAAAUCUGACCUGGGAUCUUAUUAAGGCUGUACCAAAUAUUUUGGUCUUUCCUUUCCUUUUUAGCCGGUAUUUUUGCACUUUUUUAAACAUGAGGCUUAACUUACAUUAUUUAUUAUUUUAUUUGAGUGUUUUUUCAUAUUCAAGUGAUGCAAACAUUUCCAAAAACUGUUUGUGAAUUAAUUGAAUUAAUUACAAUAUUGUCUUUGUGUUCAAAAAUACAAAAUGAUGAUUUUGUAUUUUCCAUUAAUAUGCAUUAUACACCGUGGGGAUUAUUUAGGUGAUUAAAUAUGUAAUAUAUAAGGUUUAAAUAAUAAAAACCUCAUUACUUAGGACGCUUAAAAACUAAAAUACAAAUAAUAAUACAAAGUAAAUACAGCCCUAAUAAAGUCCUUCAUUAUUUGCCUUUAGUUACAGAUUAAGAUCAGAAACUAUAUUUCCCCUAGCCUCAAAAACACCAAAAUGUCUGAGUUAUAUUCAUUCACUCAAACAAAUGUAAUAAAUCCUCAGGGUCAAUGAUAAAUAUUCAUGUGAAUAUCCAAUUAUCCAAUUAUCCAAUUAAGACGCUUGAACUGUAUCGGUAAUCCGCUCUAAUAAUGCGUCACAGUGGACAUUCUGUUCUAAUCCCCCAAAUAGGAAAAGGAAAUUGAGUGCUGACACUUCAUAACCCUUUUAAAUAGUGAUUUGUUCAAAUUAGACGUCCUUUUGCAGCAGCAUUGAUCUCCUCUCCCCCCCCCCCCCUCCCCGGCGCUCCGUCUCCCCCCAUGAAUGUGAAACGUCUUAAACACACACCUUUUGCACACGACACAAAGUACACACUGCCACAGGGUGCGUCACGUUAGAGCUGAGAGUGUGUGUUGCUUCUCAGUAUUGUAAAGUGAGUGUGUAUGAGGUUAAAUUGUUGGUUGUCACACACACACACACACACACACACACACACACACACACACACACACACACACACACACACACACACACACAUCCCUCGCUGUGCUUUUAUUUUCCUCCCAGGAAGUUCUCCUGUUCUGCAUUUGUUGUUUUAUUUCUCGAAGUCACGCUGACUGCUAAGGCCCAGUUAUCGUGUGUGUGUGUGUGUGUGUGUGUGUGUGUCUCUCUUUUAGUGGAGACUGGUGCCAAGCGGUGUGCAGGCGGGUCUCUCUCAGAGGGACGGCCCGUGCUUCAGUUUGAUUUUCCUCCCGUCGGUUUUUGAAGCACUUUGAACCUCCUCCUCUGGUGUGUGUGCGUGAGUGAGUGUGAGAGAGUGUGUGUGAGUGUGAGAGUGUGUGUGUGAGUGUGUGUGUGUGUGAGGAGUGUGUAGCUGUACAUAGCGACUUCCUGUAACGACAAGUGCUCCUCGUUCAGUCUGAAUAUUUUGUUUCUGUCGGAUUUACUUUUAAAGAGCAUUACAUUGUUGUAGAAUUAAAGGACAAAUAAAGUAGAUAAACCUA